AUGCACAGUACUACAGUUGUUCCACCUUUCUAUGACUUGGAGCCUGGUGCUCCACCACCUCUUCCCCCAAUGCUCACGGACCAGCUGGAGCUGUUUGGCAAUGCCAAUUGUCACCCGACUACACUUAUUGCCAAUGAAAUCCUAGUUCCUCAAGCUAGUAUCAUUCCCACUGCUGCAAGGGCUUUGUCAUCUACACCUGCCCCUGAAUUCAAGCUUGCAAAGCGGAUGGUCAAGCAUUCUGAUUGCUCUUCCUCUCCAUACACCAAGAAAAUAGUGACUCCUCAACUUGAGCGGCAUGGGGGAUACACACUGUGUGAAGCUUUAGAUUGGAAUCCAAAGGCAUAUGCAAAAUUCAAGAAAUCUAUGCAUAGUCUCAUCGAGGGCCACCUUGACACGACAAAAUGCACUUCUGCCCAAAGUCCCACGCUAUUGGAAGUCGUGCAUGGCAAGGCACUCGACAACUUCCCAGAUCUUGACAAUUAUAACAACUUGUGGCCAGUUAACGACAUGAUCAUGACACGCCUGAAAUACACAUCUGGUUGCGUGAGAUGA